CAUGUGGAGAAUCAACUUUUUCUGGUUUGUGGUUUUCCUGUUGGUUUGUAAAAUAUCUGGAACCGCGCUGCCCUUUCCACAGACAACAAGUUAUUUCUCUUGGCAGCAACCAAAGCACAACAGAACGGAACUGAUGUGCCCUAGUUAUUGUGAAACUAAUUAUCUAACGGAAAGUGAACAAAUGACCUGUUGUAACUGUCGGUCCAAACCGAUCUGGCAAUGUUAUCCGGAAUGGCCACAUCGUGGUGUUGAUAUAGAGUACCAUAGCAGGAGAGGCAUAGGACGUGCAGUGUAUACGGACAGCAACUCCCAUCUUAAUAUUUCAAAAUUAUUUCAUACCCAGGAGUUCCUGUCAAGUAUUCCCGAGAAUAUUUGUGAAUUUAGUGACUUGGUGGAGAUUGAUCUUAGCUGGAACAGGAUAUCUGUCUUGGAAAACAUCAAAUGUCUAAAGAGAUUGGAUACACUCAUUUUGAAAAACAACUUGAUAACCUUUCUUAGAAACAAUACACUCCAUGGAAUGACUGAACUCAGGUUUUUCGACCUCUCUAAUAAUCUGCUGACUACUAUUGAACCCUAUGCUAUAUCGGAUUCAUCAAUUGGAAUACUUCACAUUAGCUUCAAAAACAAUUCUCUUCAAAAUAUCGACGCCACAAAUAUCAUACUCGAACAUUCUUUCUGUUUGGUGGAUUUUUCUGAAAACGACUUAAAAGAGGUCGUCAAUGAAGCUGGAUGGACAGCAAAUAUUUCAAAAGACUAUGGACAUGGUGGAUUUGUUGACUUUUCACAUAAUUACAACCUCUCAUUUCCUAAUUUUGAAGACUUAGGAAUAGAAGAUCUUACAUAUCUUGGAAAGGUGGGUUCUUUUGGGUUCGACUUCAGGAAUACGAACAUUUCUUGCGAUUGCAAGAUACAGCCUUUUCUAGAGAAGGCCUUAGAAGUCAUUAGGAAAAUCUGGCGGGAUUACUUUAAUCUCGAUUGUUCUCGGCCCUCACAUCUUCAAGGCCAGUCUAUGUUUGACCUAGUAAAAAAUAACCAGAUGGAUAAAUUCAUAUGUCCUAUAAAUAGACGGGAGAAAUGCCCUAAAAGAUGCACCUGCUUCCAUCAACCAUCACGUGAUCGCGUGGUCGUAAAUUGCUCGAACACACAUCAGAUAGCCCUCCCAGAUGAUCUUCCUAUGGUUAGAAGUGGUCAUAAGUUGUUCUUAGAUUUCAGCAACAAUAAUAUCACAGCAUUCAACACGACUAAGUAUCUCAAUGAUACCAAAUAUCUCAACCUCGACAACAACGAUCUAUCUACAAUUUUUGAAAAAUCUUUCACAGAUGCUACUGAAAUAGAUGAUAUUUUGCUAAGAAACAAUGAUAGGCUUCUCCAUCUCCCCAAAACUCUACAAUUGCUGAAUCCUUGUAAUAUAUCUUUUGGAGAUCUUAAUUUGAAAUGCAGUUGUGAUAUACAUUGGAUUGCUAAAUGGGUCAAUAACUCUAAAUCGAAAUCUUGCCCAGGUAUCAGUAAUAUCUCUUGUCAAAGAGAAGAUGGUCAAAUACUACCAUCGCAUUUGUGGACGAAGGAGAAUUUGCAAUGCCCAGAUGACUCGUGGUCAGCUGUGGUGGUAGCCAUUGUUUUUGGAAUUUCUUCGUUUAUAAUAGGGAUAACAGCUUUGUUACUGUAUCACUAUCAGUACGAAAUUUAUCUCUUAAGUCGAAGGGACAGCAAAGACCAUUUUUCUGAAAAUGAAUACUUUAAAUUUGACAUCUACAUUUCUUUCAACGAAAAUAAUGACGAAUUGCUUUCGUGGGUUUGUAACCAGUUGGAGCCUGCACUAAAUGAAUCAGGCUAUUCAUUGUGUAUACCUAAUAGGGAUUUUACACCAGGUAGUGUUAAAUCAGACGCCAUUUUGGAACAUUUACACUGUAGUAAAAAGUUUUUGUUUCUGAUGGAUGAGAAUUUCUUUAAUUCAGAUGAUGCGUCUAUAUGGUGCUUUCAUGAAUGGCGACAUUCUUGGAAUAUCUUUUACUUGAAGAAAAAUAGAAAUAUAGCUGUCGUAAACUAUGAUCAGCUUCGCGUAAGAGACAUUGAGCAGAGACAAAUUAGAGCUUUUUUUCGACUAGGUCUAGCGAUAGAUUUUUCGAACAGGAAACUGAUGAUAUUCGACGAAAUUUACGAAAGAUUGAAUCUCAAGAAAACCUCCUUUGAAGCAAAUAGAAACAUAUAUCAUACCAAAGUGAUCGGGUUGGACCCACUAAGAGAUAGUAUUUUGGACUGUCGAAGAUGUGAUACUCCAAAACAGAAAUUUAACAGGAAUGUCGUACAUAAAGGAUCGGUACAGUUUCAUGGGAUAUCCUCUGACACUGUUGAUUUAACGAGAAGCAAUUCUUCUUACCAGUUGAAUAAAACAAUUGAUGAUAGAGAUAUUCUGAUGAACCUAGAAGUGGUAAAGCUUUGCUCAGAACCAAACCAUUUUACUGCCUCACAGUUCUUUGAUACUCAGGAGAAGAAAAACAGACCAGCUCACGUGACUGAUAAUUCGAGGCGUGCUUCUCUGGAAGAUAAGUAUAAACCAUGUCAACUUCUGAAAGGCGUUAAAAUACAUCCAUACGAGCCACCGCGACCGCGUUACAAGAUACCAGUACCAAUAUUCAAAGCAGCAGAGCAAUAGGUUCUGUCAUACUCACUUAAACCAACAGUAUAUAUGCAUUAUUUAUUUUUUCACAUUAAGAUUUUUUACACUAAUAUCAGGAAUAUCCUAACCAAU